AUCUAUAAAAUAAUACUAAUUAAUCUGGGACAUGAGUCUGCUACAGCAGCAAUGCAGGGGAAAGGGGAAGCGCAACACCACCAAGCCCGGUGGCAAACCAAAGUCAAACAAAACCAAACCUAAGAGGGUCGCAGAAGAGGCACCUACGACCCCCAAAGCGGAUUCAUCCGGCACCUCACUGCCAAUUCCCCUCCAGCAACUCAUCCUAAACGUCUUUAAAACCACCCUGCUCCCCGCAGAGCAACUAAGCUGCCCUGAGGCCCAGACUCCCUCUCUGUCCUUGGCGGAGCAGAUCCAGGCUAUCAAGGCCCAUCUGUACCGCAGGGACUUUGUGAAGGCGUUUACUGAGGCGGAUGGGGAUGCGUUGAGGGCGUAUGCGCUGAGAUGGAGUGCUGGGAGGGCGUUGGGGUAUGCUGCAGUGUUUUGGGGGCUGAAGGAGCUUCUUUUUGCGGAGGUGGGCGGUGUGGAUGUGUUGUGUGUGGGCGGUGGAGCGGGAGCAGAGAUCAUGGCCCUGGCUGGAGUUUGGAGGGCAUUGUGGGAGGAGUGGAGAGAGGGUAGGUUGAGUGAGCGGUUUUCUGGAUUGGAGUUGGGGGAUGUUGGGGAUUGUGAGAAUUUGAGUUUUGGUGUGGCCGGGCUGAGGGUUACGGCGGUUGAUAUUGCGGACUGGUCUGGUGUUGUUGAGCGUCUGGAGGCUGGUAUGAGAUCGAAGUCCGUGUCGUCUCCCAAAUUGUGCCCGGUGCCUCUUCUGCCUGCGGAAGAGGACGGCCGAAGUGCGCCUUUUUCCGUGGGGUUUAGGAAGCAGGAUGUUUUGAGUCUUUCUGAGGACGAUAUCAGGAAUCUCCUGUACCCUGCUGCUUCAAGACCUGAGACAGCAUUGGGGACCACUCUCGUGACUCUUAUGUUCACCCUCAACGAGCUGUUCUCCACAUCGAUACCCAAAACAGUCUCCUUCCUUCUUCGCCUGGCAGACGUGCUUAAACCCGGAGCCAUACUCCUCAUCGUCGACAGUCCUGGGAGCUACUCGACUGUCUCCCUAGGCUCGAAAGCCAACUCGCCUCAAGAAGCACCGGAUGCUGACGAAACAAGUCCGUCGUCUCAGAGGAAAUACCCCAUGCGCUUCCUCCUCGCGCACACGUUGCUCUCCGUCGCCCAGGAGAAAUGGGAGUGUGUGUUGUCUGAUGAGUCACGGUGGUUUCGUCGGGAUAGGGAUGCUCUGAUGUAUCACGUUGGUGAGGGCAUUGGGCUGGAGGAUAUGAGAUAUCAGAUCCAUGUUUAUCGCAGGAUAUAGAGGAAAUAGGUGCGGGAGACCAUUGGCUUAUUUGCCUUAGAAGUAUGUACUGUACAUCGGUGGCAUUAUAGACCGGAUUCCGAUACUUCAGGUU